AUGCUGCUUUCUUAUGGAUUUCCUUUUUUUUUUUUUUUUUUUUUUUUUUUUUGGCGUUAUUAUUGCCGUUUUUGUUGGAAGGGUCAAAUGCCGGUGCGGAAGAGGCAGCGUCGGGACACUGUUUUCACAGAGGCAGGGGCGGUUGAUGAGAUUGAAGAGAAAGAUAAGAAUGUCAUGGUCCGCCUUGUGGAUGAAAAAGGCGUCUUGACAGGGGCGCAGCUUCUUCUGCCCGUAACAGCGACACCGAAGCAACUGGACGAGCUUUUAUGCUCUAUGCUGGAUGAGAGUGCGCGCGGAACUCCGUACGCUUUUUUUAUCGACGGGGAUCAGGUGCAUGACAGUGUGCGCGACUCGCUUUUUAGGAGGCAGCAGGAGGCCUUUGUUGAUAAAAUGAUGAAGGAAGGAAGGCGCUUCAGGCAACAAGACGUGAGUAAACUGGAGUUUGAGCUUCCGGAGGAGACUGUUGUGGAUAUCCAAUUUAAGCCGCAGGCAAAAUUUAUGGUGAGACCAGUGACACGUUGCACUGGAGCACUUGAAGGGCACAGCGAGGCUGUGCUUGUGGUUACUUUUUCACCGGACGGCGAGGCACUAGCAAGUGGAGGAGGCGAUAAGGAGAUACGCAUCUGGGAUGUCUAUACACUAACCCCCACGGAGGAACUUAAGGCGCACACCAGUUGGGUGCAGGUGUUGUCGUGGGCCCCGGAUGGGAAGCAUCUCGUAAGCGGAAGCAAGGAUGGCACUAUUAUUAUUUGGUCGCAUGAUGGCAUGUACGGUAACUUUAAGGGGAAGCGACACAAGGCCCAUUCAAGUUAUUUAUCGCACAUUUCAUGGGAGCCGUUGCAUAGAAACAUUGAUUGCAAUCGGUUUGUUUCGGCUAGUAAAGACACAACCCUAAAGGUUUGGCAUAAUGUGACCGGGGUUCAAUUUUCUCUCUCCGGGCAUCAGGCUUGUGUCACCUGCGUGAAGUGGGGUGGUGAGGGUUUUAUCUAUUCAUCCUCUCAGGAUCGCACCCGUCAUUGUGUGGGAU